GUGCGGAUCUGUUAUGUGGCGGGUUGCCAGGUAUAUUUCAUCUAAUUAUCUGAAUGUUUGUUUGUUUGUUUGUUUGUUUGUUUGUUUUCUUCGAGAGGCCUGAUUGGUUGUCAAUCAUUUUUUGGAACCUGCCCAAUUUAUAAUGACUACUCACGACGACAUCAGACAGCCUUCUCACAGAGAGGUAGAUUCCCUGAGAAACCUCUUGCUUGCUGGGAUUUUCAGCUGACGACGUUCAGUGCAGCUUUACAAUUCAACAUGUACCCUAACAGAAGUGGACCUGGUGGGUUUAAUCCAAAGCACAGAAACUACAAUGGUAACAACAGACUGAACCCUGAUCUAAACAAUAUGAGUCUGGCAGGAAAUAGCAAGGAUGACAUUGCGAAUCACGAGAACGGGGAUAACGCUUCUGGAGCACAAACUACACCGUCCCCACAAAACGAAGGACAGGCACAGUACAUGGGUGGAUAUUCCAUGAUCCGCCCUAAUGAAUCAAGGAGAAGUAAAUUGCAGAGCAUGGCACAAAAAGAAGAAGCAGAUCUGCAGCAAUGGAGGGAAGCACACAAGCCUGGUCCAAUUAACCUGGAUCCUGCACAGCUGGGUGGAGGUAUAUUAAUGGCUGAGGCCAGGCAAAUGCAAAUGUUGAACCACCAGCAAUCGAAGUACCAAAAAAAGGUAAGGAUGACUGCAUUUGCAUGUUGGAGCAGCAGAAAUCCAGAGAAUGAAAGAGGCACAGAGGGAAAAGGCAAACAGGCUUGAAGAAAAGAGGCUGCAACAGGAGAGACAAAGAAGGGAACAAUACAAAAAGGACCAGCAAGCCAAAACCCAUGCUUUUCUGCAGAAGAUUGAAUCAUCCCAGCCUUUAGCGAAUUCAGCUCCGAUAUCAAUGAGCAGCUCUCUGCCAACAUCAUCUUGGGCUAAAGUGCAUAACUAUAGAGAGACGCAAAGAGAGGAGGAGAACCAGGCCCUGUGGCAAUGUAAAGAAGAGCAAAGAAGAAAGAGUGAGAUACUUGAGGAAAUACAAAAACAGAAAAUGAAGGAAACAGAGCGUGAACUACAAAAUGAGCGCAGGAGGGUUAAUGAAGCGUUUCUGGACCGACUUCAAAGAGACGUACAGUCAGGUAGGAAGGAGGCGCUCUUUCCUGUUGGUGUGGAAGCAGAAAGAGGCCUGUGUGCAGAUGCAGCUCCAGAAGCACACAGGCCAGAGAGUGAAGCAGACGGGGAGGAAGAGGACGAAGACAACCAUGAAUGGACACUGAUGAAACUUCACAAUGCUUUUCCUUUCUGUGAACAAUCUUUCUUAGAGGAAAUAGUGACUCAGUGCAAUGGAGAUUACAGGCAAGCCUACCAACUGCUUCAGUAGCAGAGUGAAACUAGCUGCUUUGGGCCAGUUUCAGACUCUGCAUAGAUAUUUUUAUAA